AUGCCUGCGGUCCCGCUCUUUUCGUAUGACAGCAUCCCAGAGAUCCCUCCCCCCAACAACGAAGACUUACUUCAGCGAGCUCUCACCGGGUCGCCACCCCCCUCCGGCGACUUGGAUGGCAGUCCCGCAACCCAGAGUGCACGGUUGCGCUCCAGAACUCCUAGCAACGACGACCUUGCUGUAGAGCUUGUCUCGUCCACCCCAGCUCGACGACGACGUGCUGAUGAGAUGGACGACCUCGGGCAGCAUGCAGAAUGGGCUGCGCAACACGUCCGACUGAAGCCUGCUGGCGCUCAAGAGCUAAAAAGAGUUGCACAGCUUGAUCGUCAUCAACGGGAGAUCUUGACCACCGCAAUGCUUCUCAAGUUACAGGAACAGAUCGAAAGCAUCAUCCCCGCAGAUGCGCAGUGGUCGAUCUCAGAGAAUCUUAAGGAGAAGAUCGAGCUGUACACGUUCACCGUCCUAUGUUCCCCCAAGCUGGCACUAUAUGUCGAUAAGCAGGCUCCUACAAAGCUCGUCCUAGGCAUACUUGAACGCCACCCAUCAUGGGGCUACACGAAGGACAUCAAGUGCGACAAAUACAAGCGCGACAUCAUCGCGGCUCGUGUGGGAACAAGGCUGUCAGAUCGCCGUUCCGAUAUCAAGGAAACUAUCAUGUUGUCGCUCGGGCCAGAUGGCCAACCGGCCCCGUCCUCGACAACGGCUGCUUCCGGCGUGAACAAGCAGUCACCCCAGCUGCUCCAUGUCGUCGAUCUCUGUCAAGCCAUCAUUGACAAGGGCCCAAACAGUAUCUGCGAGGAUGUCAAGGUGACGCUGCAGAUGUGCGCCCGGGUCGCAUUUUUGCGCAAGAUCUUGGCUGCUCUGAUCAUGAAUCCACGGGCGAAGUUCGAUAAAUACUGGAAUAUCGUUGAUGCACAACUGAUCACUCUUCGAGCGAUCAAGGACGACGCCAAGAUCAACCAGCAGCUCACCUUAUUCCUUACUCAGGAUCUCGAGCUGUACGGCAACACUUCGCUGCCCUCCGCUGCCGAUGGGGCCAUUGCUCAUGAGACUCAGCGAGUCGCCGAGCAGGCCAUUUCCGGUAGCCUCGAUUGA